AUGUAUGGGAAAAAACUCGACGAUCGAGAAGCUGACAAGCCAUUGCCUCCCCACUCGAAAAAGAUGCGAGAGCCACCACCAAGCCACGAAUUCAGUUAUCGAUGGUUUCGAGGACCAACUCAUGAUCCUUGCGCUUACGAAGGAUGUCCACGACGAAACUCCUUCAGCCCCCAUGAUUGGUCAUUGCAUGCAAUCGGAGGAUCUGGAUGCUCGUUACAGUGUGUAUCGACUCAGUCGAGCCUGUUCAAGUGUACUUUCUGCAACUCUAACUGUUUUGUCAGUGCGUGGAAAACUCAGUACACGGUACCAAAAGAUAUGCAGCAGCAGAGCCGAAAUAACACACCGAUUCGACAGCGUUCAGGAUCAACAGGCAGCAACGAUAAUGAUGAUGCUCGAUCAGUUGGAUCAUCUGGGAGUCUGGGUCGAAUGAAUGGCAUGAAGGCUUCAGCGUCAACACCUGGAACUCCAAGAGGCUAUGUCGGAGGCUACAAUUCUUUUGGGGACUACAACGCUGAUCUAAAAGGCGAAGAGUGGAUAGAAAUAAGUCGAGACCAGAUAUACAUUGCCGGUCCAGAAGAUAUUGGAAGAAAGCUCAAAUUAGAAGCUGCAGCUUACUCUUCUGAAACUGGGGAGCUUCUGAUGCAUAGGGUGGUGAAGACGGAUCUUGUUUUAUCUCGAGCUCCAGAUCCAUUGAAGAGGAGUUUUGUCACAACCAAAUCUGCCAAUGGGGCUUCAGGAGGUGCGAGAUUCAGAAUUGCAACCUAUAAUGUGCUUGCAGAGAUUUAUGCCACACAACAGCAGUAUCCUUAUUGCGAUAUCUGGGCUUUAUCGUGGGAGUACAGAUUUCAGAACAUCAUGAGAGAGAUCAUAGAUGCCUCUCCGGACGUUAUAUGCUUACAAGAAGUGCAAGCGGAUCAUUAUGAGAAUCAUCUAUACGCAGCUAUGAGCGAUCAAGGCUUUGAAGGUGUCUACAAACAGAAGACCAGACAGUCUAUGGGUUUGGCUGGAAAAGUCGACGGCUGUGCACUAUUCUGGAGACGAACCAAGUUUCAUCUCGUUGAGUCAUACAGCAUCGAAUUCAACGAGCUUGCGCAAAGGCAAGCCACCCAAGUCCUUGGUCUAAGCUCUCGAAGUGAAGAGACAGUGUCUUUCUUGAAUAGGCUCUCGAAAGACAACGUCGCUCAACUUGUCGUGCUUGAGCUUGCACAGCCUACUCAUGCAAGCAGAGCAAAUCGUGACCCAAUUAAUCAAGUUUGCAUUGCAAACACACACCUUUACAGUAAUAAAGACUUUCCAGAUGUCAAGCUCUGGCAGGCUUGGCAGCUGUUGCAAGAACUCGAAAACUUCGUGCUGAGUCGGGGAACAAAUCUUCCACUAAUGAUAUGUGGAGACUUUAAUUCAACCCCAGAUACAGCUGUGUACGACUUGCUUGCCCGUCAGACAGUUCAUCCAGGUCACCCAGACGUGAAUAUUACAGUUGGGGAUGAUGUCCCAAAUGUGUUACCUGAUCCCAUGAAUAUAACGCAUUCCUUCCAGUUGGGUAGUGCGUAUCAAACGGUGCUUGGAGAAGAGCCUAUCCAAACAAAUUACACCACCAACUUCAAGGGGGUUCUUGAUUAUGCAUGGUACUCCGUCCAAAACUUGCGCCCCAUCUCUGCAGCACCCAUUCCUGAUGAGGGUAUUCUCACCCGACAUGGUGAAGCACUGCCAUCAACAGAGUUCAGUUCUGAUCAUAUCAUGCUGAUCUCGGAUAUGCAAAUUCUAGGAAAUUCACGGCCGUCUUAA